GGGGAAGAGGGCCGAAGGUCAUCACUCCAGCCACGUUAGAGCCGACGUUUCUCGUCAACAAGUGACAGUACAUAAACGCCGAAAAAUCUCCUAUGCCAGACAUGAAAGGCCAGUUUCGUGGCCUUCGCGCAUCUAGGAAAAGUCGGAAGAAGGUCAUACUCAAGGUCUUCCUCCGAUGGUUGAUCACACUCGCCAUCAUCGGGGCAAUCUAUGCCGUACUGCUGGCAUUUUCAGCUAUGCACGUCAUGACAAAGGCGACUAAAAAGCUUUUCAAUACCCUCAUCACUGCACUGUUAAUUAUGUUAGGUCUGGCCAUUGCCAGCAGUCUCGACGGAAUGAUUAGAGAGUUGAGGUGGUGGAUCCUAAGCCAACGAUACAGAUCUAGGUCUAAAGUAAACCUGAUUUUAGAAGCAGACAGGUUGCAACGAUUGGUCGUGCUGGCAGUAAAUUCACGUCGCCACUCCAUCCAUGCUGCAGUAUUGUGCUGGACACUCCUCAAUAUUGCGGCCCAAGUUGGCCUGGCUGCAAUUGGGCUGUGCUACUCAGUAGACAGUUCUGAAACAUAUGCAUUGGUAAGCCACGGUAAUUUGUCCAUUGCAGAUGUGUCUAGCAUCAAAAUGAACAAAGUUUUAUCUUUUGACUACCAAUCAACUCUCGCCCAGCAGUUCACAGCAAAUAAUUAUGGCUUAAUAUCUCUUGCUUUUGACGUUAUACGAACGGAUUCACUUCCAGAGCCUGGGACCAUAUUUCAUCCCAGAGAUCCGCUCACCUUCUGCGGAACGGACUACUGCCAAUACGUGUUUCAUGACACAUCUACCAUAUCCGCUGACUCUGGUGUCAACCCAAUUGCUGUCUACACAUCGCGCACCAUAAAAUCUUCGACCAUUUGUAGCACCUGGGCUGUGACGAAGGGAGGGAACGGCACCGAAAACACUAUUACUGUUGCUACUGAAACUGGUGAUUUUGAUGUCUAUAUUCCAGUUCAAGGUGGUCCCGGCCAGACGACAUUCAUGACCAAUACCCUUUUAAACUGCGGUCCAGGCUGUAGCACCAUUGCAGCGUUUGAGGCAUCAGCCUUAUCACCGUGGUUCUACCGUUGCAAUAUAACUGUCAGCCCUGUUGCAGGCGCCACACUCCCUGAGCAUCAGGCCAGUGCAGACUUGCUAUCUCUGGCUUCUGCUGGCAUUGCAUUGCAAGGAUACGCCACCUCUAAUCUUGCCAACAACACUGCUUUCCAGUACCAAAUGUACCCCGCUGAGUCUGUGUACGGCUUCCCAUGGAAUGGGGACAAAGAAUCCAUGGCUUUGAUGAUGUCGCGUUUCUCGACUGGCGUUGUAGCCAUGGCUGCUUUAUAUAAUGAUGGGAUUAUUGUCGAGGGUAACGCGCCCAUGGCUGGAUCUUCACUCAAUGUGACGCACUGGAACUAUGUGUAUCUCAUUUUUAUUCUUACCGCUGGCCUACAGCUUGCCCUCUCACUUGCCAUAUCACUAAUAGCCCACCUGGUCGUGGUACCACCUGACAGUAUCACUGCUUCGAUGCAGGUAUUGCGACAAAUGUCCGCUCAAGAGUCCGGCGUCAGUAAUGAACACAACUCGAAAGAGCCUGCGCAACAUACAAUGUGGAUAUUUAAGGCCACUCCUGUGUCAGAGGAUGGUGUUUAUGACCUUUAUAUGGAAGAAGCUUAUUUUGAAAUCAAAUAACGCCCCCGGGAAACAGAUAGGGAGCACUGAAGUUGUGUAACAUUGCAAAUUCUGAGCGCAAAUUCUCGGCGACCAAUGGAUCAUUUCAAUAACCCAUAACGAAAGACA